AUGAACUCGAACAAUAAGAGCAACAACCCAGCGGGUAACGUCGGCGAAACCGUUGGAGGAGGUCUUAACUUCCUCACCUCCACCGUGGGAAACACUGUAGGAGGCUUGGGCCGUACAGUGGGAAAUGUGACCGGAGCCGCAACAAGAGGUUUAGGAGACACCGUAACCUCCGCGACUGGCGACGCUGGCCGCCCUCUCGGGGAUGGAAUUGGCAAUUUGGGAACUGGCGUUCAGGGCGGACUCGACAGCAUCUCCAAGGGUGUUGAGAAUGCUGGGCAGUGGAAGAAGCAGUAA